AUGAGCGAGGGGAACAGUGAAGAAGGAAGUGAUGCGCUGAAGACAGAAUGGCUGUGUACGCGAGGAGAUGCGGAGAUGCAAGAAUGCGCGGAGAUGCAAGGCAGCAAGACCCAACACCUUCUGCUACUCAGCAGAUUUGUUGUCCCCACAACGGUUUCCCCUGAUGCGCGCACCCUGCAAGACGUAGGGAUCACAGUCUCCCCUGACGCGCCCAACCAGGAGGACACCGGCAUCACAGUCUCCCCAAUCCCACAACACACUGGGAUCACAGUCUCCCCAACCGCGCAGGACACCAGCAUCACAGUUUCCCCAACUCCCUCUGACCACACCAACAUUUAUGAUGGAAUCCUAACUGUUCCCAACUCACCCUCGAUUGUAGCGGCUUACACCAGGACCAUGGAUGAUACCGUAUUGCACUUCAUGGCAGAGACUCAUUCUACCAAGGGUAACCAUGUCUACCCAUCGCAGUCUACCCAUGCUGACAAUGUCUUUGACUUGCCAGCGGUACAAAAUCACCCCUGGUUGUAG